AUGAGCAUUGAUUUACGUGUCAAACUGAUUCAAUUAUUUAAAGCUAUGCAAGACACACUUAUUUUUUUGUAAUACCAAUAACUCCAUACACGUUCAACAACAUUGACCAAAUUUCACUGUGAGAGUAGAAGUCGUCAAGAGAAAAUAGUAGGAGGUAUUCAAGUGAAAUUUUGCAGAGAAUUUUGAGUUUUAUUCCAAACUAGGAAGUGAUUGAUAAAUCAUUUCCAUAGGAUUGAAAUCAAGAAGGCCAAAUAUCUAAAGGCCUACUUUACAUGAUGCCAUCGGUAUUUAUCAUUGGCUACUAUUUAUCCGAGCAAUUCAGAGAACAGGUAAUAAAAAGACUUUCACAUUAACCUC